AAAUACAUAGAAAUCCACCGAAUUAGAAUUACUGAAGUUUAUAACAUUUUUUUCCUGGCAUUUAUGACAUCUUUGUUGUUUUAGUAUGAUUGUUCAGCGUAACGUAAAUGGAGGUUUUUAUAAAAGAACAUUGGGUAUCCCGGAAGCAUUCAGGGCCCUUCCAUGCCCCUUCUAGACCGUGCAGCUGACUUCGUCGGGAUUCAUCGCAUCGUUUAUCAGCAAACGCGCCCCCCACGGAGGCGACGCCGCGCCCGGCCCCCAGCUGGAAGCAGGAGCUGCCCCCGCCUCGGCGCUUCCCAGCUGCAGCGUUCCGCCUCGGCGUGUGGCCGCGUUUCGGCAGCCGGCUCCCGGCGUAAACAUGUCCGCCGCGCAGGAUGGCGGCCCGGCGACGCUGCCCUGCGUCCUCAUUACGAGCUGCGACCCCGGUUUCAAGGAGGGGGACUUGGUUAAGCAGAUCCUUGGCGUAUCGAUAUUGCCAGAGCCUGCCCAACAGCAGGGGGCAGUGUGCUGGUAUCCAUGGACCAUCAACAAUAAGUACUACACGGCAGAUGUCAGCCUGUGCGUGGUGCCCAGCACGUUUCAGAUGACGGGGGACAUUGCCAAGGCGGUGCAGGCUUUCAUCAUCUACUUUGACAGCAGAGAGAGCGGGGGUCUGAGCGGCGUGCUACCCUGGCUGCCUGUGGUGGAGGAGCUGGCCCCGGAGAUACUCAUCCUGGUUUGUGACCACGUGCUGGACAGUGGAGUGAGCCGACAUCAGGCACAGCAGUGGUGUCUGUCCCACACCUUCGAGCUGGUGGAGCUUAACCCUGAGGACCUGCCGGACGAGGACGAUGACUUUCCAGAAUCCACAGGAGUGAAGAGGAUCGUCCAGGCACUCAAUGCCAAUGUCUGGUCGACCGUCGAGAUGAAGGAAGAGCACAGCCAAGGUAUCGGCUUGAUGAGUAGCCUGGUAGCGUCUCGAAAUAACAACCGCCACGCAAGCCAGGAGUCCCACUCUCCCCGCCCGCCAGCAGAGGGCGCCAGUGGUAACAAAGCGGAAGAGAGGACCGAAAUGGCUGCCAACGCUGAGCCAGGGAAUAACAUACUGGACCCCACAAUAGACGUAGACAUCCAGGAACUAGCAAGUCUCACAACCGGGGAUGCAGAUGUUGAAAAUUUUGAACGCUUAUUUACCAAACUAAAGGAGAUGAAAGAUAAGGCGUCCUCGUUACCCCACGAAGAGAGGAAGGUCCAUGCGGAGAAGGUCGCCAAAGCCUUCUGGAUGGCGAUUGGAGGAGACCAGGAUGAGAUUGAAGGACUGUCAUCUGGAGAGGACAGCUAAUACUUGGCUGGCAGAUGCUCCAUCCUGUCGUCUGCUUGCAUUGACUCUCUCUUGGCCCACGAAGUCCAGGACCCAGGAUUUUGUGGGGGGGGGGGGAGGGUGCUGAGAAUGACCACCUUUCUCUUGGCUUGUAAUGCCCUGUGUUCCCAGGACAUGAGGCAGUAACGGGCAGUGACAUAGUGCACGUUACUUAGCAUUGAUCAUGGUGGAGGGUCUGAGACGGCCUUGCGUCAUACCCCACUGCAGAAGACUGCAACCUGCUCUCAGCUCAUCCUUCAAGACUGUCUUCUACUGAUGUCCAAAAAAAAAACUACACUCCACAAGGUUUGUGUACAAGCAUGUCUCUGGGUUUUUUUACCAUAAUUAUGUGAAGUAGACUCAACAAAAGCAAACCACUUUUGAUUCAUCUUCAGUAUAGACGUUCAGCAACUCCUCUCAGAUUUCUUCAGAACAGAUUGUUUUGUUACAUAAGAUGGGAACCGGAGGGUAAUUUCAGUGAUUAUAGUAUUUUAAGAGUUGUAUUAAAGAUUGUACACCAAUAUAAACAAUUCUGUGAGCAGA